UAUCUCGCGAGCUUAGUGCUCCAAGUACAUUAACUCGUACUUUGUGACUUUGUACUUUAAUAAACCACAAACCUAACCACAUCUUAUCCCAAUAUCAAUAUCCUUUAACAGCAGUCACCAUGACUUCUGUUGAUGCGAAACUGCUGAAGUCGACCAAAUUCCCACCUGAAUUCAACCAGAAAGUCGACUUUCAGAAGGUUAAUUUGGAGGUUAUGAAAAAGUACGUUCUAACGAGCUUGAAGCUACAGACGAAGUGAAAGAGACAAGCUGACUUUGUUUUGCAACGUAGAUGGAUCGCAGGAAAGAUAUCGGAUAUAUUAGGAGCUGAGGAUGAUGUUGUGAUUGAACUGUGCUUUAAUCUUAUUGAGGGUUCCCGAUAUGUAGGUUUCAUUUUGAUAUCAUACCAUAUGCUAAGCUAAUAUUAUCUGCAGCCUGACAUUAAAAAGCUACAGAUACAGCUUACAGGUUUUCUCGACAAAGAUACCCCUGACUUUUGUAAAGAAUUAUGGAAACUUUGUCUGAGUGCGCAAACUAAUCCUCAAGGAGUUCCCAAAGAACUUCUUGAGGCGAAAAAGAUGGAACUCAUACAAGAAAAGGUACAAAUAGCUUAAGACAGGGGGAUCAUUGGCUAACAUUCAGCUAGAUACAAGCCGAGCAAGCUGCAGAUGAGGCACGUCGACGCCGCGAAGAUGGUGAACGGAGAGACCGCGAAAUGUAUGCAAUAAGAAACCGCGAACGAGGCGAUCGCGGCGGACGCGGGCGAGGAGGAGGUGAUAGCUGGCGCGGCGGUCGUGGGGAGAGAGAUUUUGAUCGGAGUGGUGGCAGAGGAUUUGAUCGAAGAGGUCCAAGAUAUUCAAGGUCACCACGUGGAGGGCGAGACAAUAGAGAUUAUGGUCCGCCACCUCGAAGAGAAUUUGAUACUUACGUUCCUGCGGGGCGUGGUAGACGGGACGAUAGACGAAGACCAUCUUUAUCACGCUCUAGGUCACCUUCAAGAUCCAAAUCCCCAUCGCGAUCUCCACCAAGACGACGCAGUCGGUCAGUUUCAGAAUCGCGGUCACCAUCCCCUCAUCGGCGGAGAUCCAGAUCGCCAGAUAGGCGCAACCGUGGCAGAGGUGGUAGAGGACGUGUGAGAAGUCCAGAGAGAAGACCCCGACGUAGAUCACCUUCGCUUUCCGAAUCUCGCUCCCCACCUCGAAAGCGGAGAAGAGCUACAACUGAAUCUUUAAGUCGCUCUCCACCUCCGAAGUCUCGCAGAUAUCGUCGUCGCAACACGAGUUCUAGAUCUAGGUCUCGAUCCACUUCCCCAUCAUUAAGCCGAAGUCCAGCUCCACGCAAGAGAACUGCAUCACCUUUGAGCCCUGCCGGGAAUGGUAGACGAGCUAGUCGGGAGGCGAGGCGACCCACGCGAAGUAUUAGCCGGAGUGCUUCCCCACCCGCCAGACGUCGUAGCGAUUCCGUAAAGGACGAAAGUCGCAAUGGAAGGAAUGAUCACGGGAGGAGGCGUCGUUCUAUGCAAAGAUAUGAACCUGCAAACCGAAGAAGAAGAGAUAGCUCUUCAGGUGUAGAGGAGGGAAGAGAUAAAAGGACUGAUGCUGAAGUUAAAAGCGAUAGGGGAUCGCCAACUCGAGACGUCGAAGCCACAAAACCAGCUGGAUCUGCCGAACCUGCAGAGGUAGGUAGUGAUUCAUAAGGCAAGAGGAGAUUCUCAUUUGUAUCGGAAGAAGACCCGACUAAGUUCACGUUCGUUAUCUCGCUGACCCGUCUUUUUGACAUCAGAAUCUGAGAAAAGAUCCGCAGACAUUGGCCACUGAAUUACGAGAAAAAUUGCUAAGGGAAAAGAUCAAGAAGAUGAGAGCUUCGAGUACCACUGAACAUCCAAUAUCUCAUGCUAACGCUCAUUGAGGAACAUAUCAAUCGAUUAGGCAUACGCAGGGCCAUGGCACUAGGGAAUACCUGGCAUAAAAAAGGAAAUAUAUUUACAAGAUUAGUUUCUUACUUGCAUAACAUGAUGGCACUAUCAAUUUAAACCUUAAAAACUAGCCGCUAUCUACGACUUUAUAAGUAAUUCACACAGUUAGUGUUUUAAGAUUUGUUUUGAUAGAUAA